GAGCUGAGCAUUUCAGCUCUAGAAUGUCACUCUGCUUUAAAAACAAACCUAUUUGAGAGCACCACCCUUCCAGCAGUUUUACCUCUUUAUCUCCAGUUCUGCCAGAUAGAUUGUCAUCCGAGUACUCUCGGAUAUUCUUGCCUACGUUCUCGCCUACAUUCCUUGCUCAAAUCCACCUAGUUGAGAACUCUACAAUUCAUUCCAUAGGCUCGGACAUUCUCGAAGAAGUUUAUACACAAUGUCCGCCAUCCAACUCCCAAAGGAUCAAUACGCUCACGUGGGUGCACCAUCAGAGUGGUGGUGGCACAUCGGUACCAUCUCCACGGCCGACGGAUCCCGGACCUUUGGCUUCGAAAUCAACGCUACCGGUAUAACUGGCAUUGCAUCCUUCUCUCAAAUCAGCAUCACGGAUGUCCAAAACCAGAUCCAUUACCAGAGCAGCGCCGUGUUUCCCUGGGACGCUAAUUGGGCAGAAAGCGACUCCACCAAGGCAUGGUUUGUGAACGUUGGAAAGGCUCCUAGUAAUGGAUCUGUCAGUAUGACUGGCAAUGACUUCGGACAGAAGAAUGAGAUGUCGAUUGUAGGAGAAUUCCUCGACGCGGAGACCCAAACGCCUUGUUCGAUCAAUCUGUCGCUCCAUCAAACGGGUCCUCCUCUCUUGGUAUUUGGAACGGGCGUUCACACUGAUGUCAACCCACAAGGCAAGACUCCUCUGACCAAAAACAACUAUUACUACUCAUUCACACGUCUCUCCGCCGUCGGAUCUAUCUCCAUGGGCUCAGAGAAGGUGUCGGUAGUCGGUACGACCUGGAUGGACCACGAAUACGGCGCCUUCCCCAACAACUUCACAUGGGCCCUCCAAGACGCAACCCUCGACAACGGAACCCAACUAUCCAGCUUCGCGCCCCCGGAUGCCGACAUCAAGCUCGGCCUUGCCUUUAGUUCAUUCGUCUCCAUCAUCUGGCCCGAUGGCAACAGUACCUUCGAACAAAGCGUGACGACACCACUAGGACCUGUCUGGGCAUCCUCGUUCCCUGCGAAGGGAAAAGGAAACUCCUAUUUCACGCAGUACAAAGUUGAGGUUCCAAAGUAUAAUACGGUGCUGCUGUUUACGGCGUCGAUGCCCGAUCAGGAGUUUCGGCAGCAAGGGACGGAGAAUCCGCCGGUUUGGGAGGGGGUCGCUAUCGUGGAGGGGACGUUUCGGGGGGAGAUGGUCUGUGGGACGGCGUGGAUUGAGCAGAAUUUUGGGGGUGGUGCGACUGGUGCGCUGAGAGGGGGUAGGGCGGGGUUUGUGGAUUUGAAGUUGUGAUUACGAGCAAAGGAAGGAAGG